AAAGCAUCUCAAAUUGGUACCAAAUGGCAGCCAUGGCGAGCGCGACAAACCGCCAGAGGCACCUAAUUUUGGCACUGGUCGUCCCCAGCAGAGCAGAUGAACAAGAGAGGUGCCUCGCAAUUCCCAAAACGAAACGAAACGAAAGGAAACAAAGCGAUCCUUCUUGCGCUCCGGCGCCGCCGUCUCCCCCUCGCGCGGUUGCCUGAGCCAAGAACAGGAUCGGAGGCCAGGCCCCAUGCAUGCAUGUUAAUUAGUCUGUCACUGAUCACUUCAUCCCAUUAGCCAUUAGCUGUUUCUCAUCCAGACGGACGCGCCAUCCAACACACAUCGAUCGAUCGGAGGUUGAUUGGCCGGCCAUGACGACGACGGCCGCCGGCGGAGCCACCCUGUGCGCGGCGAGGGAGGAGCAGGAGCUCCUGGCCACCCGCCUGAAUGUGAACGGCAUCCGGCCGCCGCAUUGCGCCGCGGAAUCUAUCCUCAUCUACCUCACCGCGCCGGGGCUCUCCAUGAUGCCCAUGCGGGUGAUGGCCUCCGACUCCAUCGCCUCCGUCAAGCUCCGCGUCCAGACCUCCAAGGGCUUCGUCGUCCGCAAGCAGAAGCUCGUCUUCGAUGGCCGGGAGCUCGCCCGGAACGACAGCCGCAUCAUGGACUACGGCGUCUCCCACGGCAACGUCCUCCACCUCGUCAUCCGCAUCUCCGACCUCCGCCUCAUCACCGUCCAGACCGUCCACGGCAACAAGUUCAGGUUCCGCGUCGAGCCCGGCCGCACCGUCGGCUACGUCAAGCAGCAGAUCGCCAAGAACUCCACCCACGACGACGACCACCACAGCCUCGUCCUCCAGGGCGAGGUGCUCGACGACGCCCACCUCAUCCACGACGUCUGCAGGACCGACGGCGCCGUCAUCCACCUGCUCGUCCACCGCUCCGCCAAGCUCGCCGCCAGGCCCGUCGACCGGGACUUCGAGGUCUCCAUCGUCGCGCGCAACCGCAACGCCGCCGCCGACGCUGCUCAACCGACGUUGCACCUGCAGAGGGACUUCGCCAUCGAGCCGGUCAUCGUCAACCCCAAGGCCGCGCUUCCGCCAGUGAUCGAGAACCUGGUGGGCGCCGUGCUGGCCGGGAUGGAGAAGGGGAACGCCCCGAUCAUGUCGUCGGAGGGCACCGGGGGGGCGUAUUUCAUGCAGGACGCGUCGGGGCAGGAGCACGUCGCCGUGUUCAAGCCGGUGGACGAGGAGCCCAUGGCGGCCAACAACCCACGCGGCCUCCCACCCUCGCCCACCGGCGAGGGGCUCAAGAAGGGGACACGCGUCGGCGAGGGCGCCAUCAGAGAGGUCGCCGCCUACAUCCUCGACCACCCUCCCGGUGGCCGCCGUUCGUUCGCAGGACAUCAUGGCUCCGCCACCGUGGGCUUCGCCGGUGUCGCGCCAACCGCGCUGGUCCGUUGCAUGCACAGGAGCUUCAAGCAACCUGCAGCUUCCGAACAAGGUCCUCCAUUGUUCAAGGUGGGGUCAUUGCAAGCGUUCGUGAAGAACAGCGGCAGCUGCGAGGACAUGGGACCUCGUGCGUUCCCGGUGCACGAAGUUCACAAGAUCUGCGUGCUGGACAUCAGGCUGGCCAACGCCGACAGGCACGCCGGCAACAUCCUCACCUGCAGAGACGAACAAGGCCAUGGCCUCACCCUGGUUCCGAUCGACCAUGGAUACUGUCUUCCUGAGAGUUUUGAGGAUUGCACAUUCGAGUGGCUCUACUGGCCGCAGUGUCGGGAGCCAUUCAGCGAGGAGACGGUGGAGUACAUAAGGUCACUGGACGCGGAGGAGGACAUCGCCAUUCUGAGGUUCCAUGGGUGGGAGAUGCCAGCCAAGUGCGAGCGCGUCCUGCGCGUCACCACCAUGCUGCUCAAGAAGGGCGUCGACUCGGGCCUCGCCGCGUUCGACAUGGGGAGCAUCUUGUGCAGGGAGACGCUCACCAAGGAGUCUGUCAUCGAGGAGAUCAUCCGUGAGGUUGAAGACGAUGUUGGUGAUGAAGCUGCCUUCCUGCAGUCUGUCUCUCAAUCCAUGGAUCGCCGUCUGGGUGAAUUAUCCAAGAAAAAAAAAAGUAAUGUAAGUAUACAAGAUUAACUGGUUGCCUCCCUCUACUCAUAUCAUAGAUAAAUAACGUCAAUAAAAAGGGCCAAGCUAAACUAAUUAAAAGGGACAGAGGAAAAGGUUGUACUAGUGUACUUGAGUUAUAAACUUUUUGUGCAGCUGACAAUUGAGUGUACAUGUAAUCAGCAGUGGAUUUAAAGGCCUUGAGGGCGUGUACCCUUUUUUUUCUUUCAUGUGGUUUAAUUAUGUGGAAAAUUUGACUA